UUUUUUUUUGAAAUUUUAUUCAUUUUGAUGAUUUUUUUUUCAUAAACUUUUAUUUUUAUUAUCAAUGGGUAAAAUACGACGUUCAUUCACUGCAAAUAAAAAACUUCAAGUGAUUAAAUAUGCCGAAAAACAUGGUAAUCGUUCAGCUGAAAAACAAUUCAAUGUGGCCGAAUCGAAUAUAAGAUUUUGGCGAAAAAAUAAAACAAUCAUUGAAGCUAUGCCUGAAACAUUACGAUCAUUGCGAUAUUCACGUGCACGUCAUCCACAAUUGGAAGAAGAAUUGAAAACAAUUAUAAUAGCCGAACAACAAAAACAUCGUGAUGAACAAUCAAAAACAACGGAAAUGUCGAAUCGAAUACGAACCUGUGAUAUCCGUCGAUUGGCUUUAAGUUUAGCUCGUAACAAAUUCGGUCUUACCUCACAGCAAUUUUGUGCUCGUCCUACUUGGGUGUUUAGUUUCUGUAGAAGAAAUGGUAUUGAAAUUGGCAAUAAAAAACAAUCCCUUAAAAACAAAGAAGCACGAAAAUUAUGGGCUUUAUAUAGAGAAAAUCGUGAUCAUUCAUAUUAUAAAUUGAAAUUAGACAGCAAAUCGGAAAAGGAAGAAACAAUAACUGAAAAUAGUGAUGAUGAUGAUGAUAAUGAUAUAGAUUUUCCCGUCGAUAUAUCCGAACAUUUUGUGGAGCAUUCAACAAAAAACGACAAUACAACCAUCGAAGAUUCUUCAAUAAUUAUGAAAUUACCAGAGCAAUCUGUAUCGAAUAACGAUGCUUCUACCACUAAUACAAUUUUUAUCAUAUUAAAUUCACAAACUAAAACAUGUUGAUAUUUGGCUGU